AUGGAGGCGCAGAAGCUGCAGCUCGUUGUGCGAAACUGCGUCCAGAAGACGCUCGAGCUCGUCCUGCGUGCGCGUGUGCCUCUCGGACGCGGCACUCCAAACCACUGGUUCAACCUCGAGUCGGAGGAGGUCGCUUGCGUCCGUGACCGGCUCGAGGGGUGGAAGCAGCGCAUCUCGCAGCCGCUCCAGCUCGACAUCUUCAUCGACACGUCCUCCUCCGCGGUGCGCGCUGCCGUCGGCGCCCAGCCCAACGAGCCUAAUCUCGUGCUUCUCGAGCGGUGGACACUGCGCUACGAGCCGGCACCGCACGCGCCGGAGGCGAUCGGGUGGCCGACGUUUUACAAGCGGUUCAUGGUGCUGCUCCGCUCGCUCGCCGCCUUCCUCCGCCUCAUGCCCGCCCACCGCCUCGCCUCCUCCCUCGGCCGCCUCGGACACGCCUCCGACGCGCCAGCGCUCGGCUUCCGCGUCUGCAUCGGCGGGCCGCACGGCGGACGCAGCUCCGAGGCCAGCCCCGAGGCGGCGCCGCUCGACUUUGCGGCGGGGGUGAGCCCGCAGCAGCACGCCUUUUCGCCUCCCGACUCCACCCACGGCAAGCUCCGCAUUGCCGUCUCGUACCGCCCCCCCUCCCUCUUCACCCGCACUGCUCGGCCGGCCGCUGCCGCCGUCCGCUGCUCCUCCGAUCGGAUGAUGAGCGCGGCGCUCAUCGCAAACUACCUGCCGACGGAGGGGGCGAGGCAGCCGCCCGCCGUCGCCACGCUCGACGAGGCCGCCCUCGGCGCAGACGGCUCCAACCCUCGCUUCGGCCUCCUCCCUCGCCCCGCCUCGGCGCCGCACGCGCCGUCUCCACCGGCUGGCCUGCCCAGCUCGUAG